GCAGAUUUUCAAAUAGUUGUGUUACAAAGAAAAAACCCUUUCCACUUGCCACCCUGUGAAGUUGAAGCACAAAGCAUCUGCAAGGAGGGCUGUCUGGGCUUUGCAACUGGGUCAAAAGAAAUCGUGCUGAGAAGUGUACUCCUGUUGAGACUGAUAGUAGAUGUGCUUGAGGUAGCCACAAAAGAAUGUAACAGAAUCACACAUCCUCUUUCACCCGGUCUUCAGCAGUUUGGCAGUUUUCAAAUCUGAAAUUCUUGGGAAAGUAUUUUGAAGUUCUCAACAUAUUUUUUUUUUCUGAGAAGUGUACUGCCAAAAUGAAUUUUACAGAGCUUUAUUCCUCAGGUGAUCUAUAUAAUUCAGACUAUGCUUCUCAAAUCACAGAAGUCUGUUCUAAAUUGGAAGUCAGGAAGUUCACAAAAGUGUUUCUGCCAGUUGCGUAUUCAUUGAUUUGUAUUCUCGGCCUGGUUGGUAACAUCUUCGUAGUGAUGACCUUUGCUUUAUAUGAGAGAACCAAGUCCAUGACGGAUGUGUACCUCCUCAAUAUGGCCAUAGCAGACAUACUGUUUGUUCUCACUCUCCCACUGUGGGCGGUGUAUUAUGCUGCUGAUGAAUGGAUUUUCGGUGAUUUCGUUUGCAAAAUGACCAGAGGUAUCUAUGCAAUCAACUUCAGCUGUGGAAUGCUGCUUUUGGCCUUUAUCAGCGUGGACCGGUACAUUGCCAUCGUACAGGCAACAAAGUCAUUUAAACUCAGGGCAAGAACGCUCGCAUAUAGUAAACUCAUUUGUUUGGCUGUGUGGGUAUCAUCAAUUUUAAUAUCUAGCCCCUCUUUUCUAUAUAAUGAAAGUUAUGGCUUCUCCACCAAUGAAAACAAAAAGAUUUGUGAUCAGAAAUUUCGCAUGUCUGAGAGCACAGUACCAAAAUCAGUGCUGCUGUAUCUACAAGUUGGAUUUGGAUUUUUUAUACCUUUCAUAUUCAUGUUUUUUUGCUAUACGUUCAUAGUCAAAUCCUUACAACAAGCUCAGAAUUCCAAAAGAAACAAAGCAAUCCGUGUCAUCGUAUUAAUUGUAGCUGUUUUCCUAGUUUGCCAGGUACCUUAUAAUAUCGUUCUUCUUGUGACAGCCAUAAAUAUGGGCAAGACAGACAAAUCCUGUGACAAUGAAAAGAUACUGGCCUAUGUGAAAUACACCACUGAAGCCAUAGCAUUUUUACACUGUUGCGUGAACCCUGUGCUCUAUGCAUUUAUUGGAGUGAAGUUCAGAAGUUAUUUCGUGAAGAUAAUGAAGGACCUAUGGUGCAUGAGAUACAAGAAAUACAAGAAACGUGGUUCAAGGACAAACUCUGAUGUUUAUCAAUCAAGACAGACUAGUGAAAUUCUGACUGACAAUGGAUCUUCUUUUACUAUAUAA